ACAAAGCGCCUUGUACACGUCGCUCGGGGCAUAAAAUGUGGCUGGGCUUCGUUUGAGUCGAAACGUAUGGCAUUCAGUCCGAGAGAAAAGGUUUGAAAACGGGCCAAACUCAGCCCUAGAUACGAUAUCUUCGACUUCAAAGGGUGAAAUGAGCUUCGUUUGAAGUUGACAGCCCUUUGUGAAGUCAUUUUACGUUGAGUUUCGCGAAGCGUGAAACACGGGCAAAUUUUCAUACAGGAAUGCAAGCUAACAAAGCGUCAGUUCGCACUGAAAGGAUAUGCUAAUGAGGGCGACCUCUAACAACUAAGAACGAUAAAAAGCUUGAAUAUUUCAGCUUCUGAUAAAUAAAUACAGAAGUCACUUAAAUCCGAACGCUAGCUAGCUUCUCGGGCUAUUUACGGAGAGUUGAUACGAUGACAAUAGCUAAAUGGUCAAAAUUCUUAAUUUAACUGAAAUUAAUUCGGUUUGACCGCAUGGCGUAUAAUUUUUGACGGCCGAAUUGCAGAAUCUUUAAGUCUUAGUCACAGAAUAACCCUAAAAUGAGAAGAAGACUAGCUAAACGUGAUAUCUGGAAACCAUUUAAGAAUCUGGAAUUUCAGCAUUUACCAGACCUCGACCUUCCCACAGAUGUACCAGUAACAGGCCAGUCAACACUACCGACCCCACCCUCUCCUGGCAGUCAUGGAGGGAGGAUGAUGCGGGGACAGGUUAUGGGGACACACCCUACGGCAGUCGUCUGCCAAAAUCAAGACAGCUCUAUUAUGAGCAUGACUCAGCCAUCACACACUUCCUCAUUAAAUCCAGUGUUUCCGCCUGAUGCAAGCUGCAUCAUCUCUGACAUUCGUCAAGAGCUAGGCAACCGAGCAAGUGUCUCCCAAACAAGAACAACCAUUUCACCAACCUUCCCGUCAGAGAAUUUUGAUCUACCUCCACUGUCCCACCCGCAUCAUAUGAUGCGCCCUUCUUCAAUGAACUACAUGCAGAGGUCUUCCCCUCAAAUGCCUGGCUCACAACAGCUGGUCCAUAACACCCCACACCAGACAAUGCAUCCUGCGAUGUCUGGAUAUAACCAGGCGAAUAUGCAAAGACAAGUCAUGUCGAACAUGCCUGUCAAUCACUCUCUGGAUUCUGAAAUGGAAGGGGAUGAUCAUGACAAUGAGGAUGAGGGUUCUAUUGAAAAACUGAUUGAGGAUAUUGUAGAUAGAGACCUGCCACAGGGGAUAGAGGACCCUAUAGUGUUCCCACAGGUGUCACACGCGAUGCCUCUGGGAAGUCAGCACUCAAUGAUACAAAGGCCAGGAGGUCAGGGACAGCUCGUGUCCAUGUCUCUCAAUUCAACUGCAGGACAACCACUUGGAAGUCCAGUCACUGGGAGUAACCCCAGAGGGACCAGUAACAACCCCAUGGCUGGAAGUCCAAUGGGGCAGAACCCUGGGAGCCCGCUCACCAUGACAAUACCAGGAAGGGAGCAAAGUGCAAACUUGUCUGGCAGCAUGCAUAAGUCAUCAUUGUCUUUGGGAAAUGCUGCUAAACCAAGUAUAAAACUGCUCCAGCAACAGCCGGCAUCACCUCAGAUUGCCUCGCCGCAGAUGGGCAUGUCUCCUGGGCAUGCCAAUAGUCCAAGACCCAUCCCCCAGGUACAGAGUCCAAGACCCACAGCUGGUAUGCCACUACAGGGGAACCAGGGGCCUAUCCAGCAAUCUAAUGUGGGGAUGACGGGCUCUGCACCAAGUCCAAGGUCCAUACAACAGAAUACUGGGACAGGAGUCGGCCCAACACCUCUUCAAAGUCCAUACCAAGUCCCCCAAAUGAGCCCUCAAAGUGUAAGAAGCCCAUUACCCCCGUCUCCAAUUUCCCAAAUGUCUCCACCCAAGUUCCCUUCAAACCCUACAGGCAUGCAAACCUCCAGCAUGCCACAGUCUCCGGUGAGGUCUCCUAUGAACGCUCCAUCCCCACAGGCAGCUAGACCACCACAGCCCUCGGCAGUCAGGAACCUCAGCUCGCCAGGAAGUCAGGUGGUCUCCAAAGGCAAGGAUGUUGCCAAGCUACAAGCCCAAGCUGGCUACACACCAAGGUCUUCUACCGCAACUAGUAUAACAGCAUCUUGUAAACUUCAGACAACUCUAGCAACUUCAGCACCUUACCAUUCUGUUCCUUUGCAAUCUAGUGUGAUGCCAGUAUCUGGUGGGAAACCAAUGCAGAAACUCAAAUCAACAAUGCAAAUCAAGAACAGUAACAAAAAACCUGCGCAGACCAAGACUUCUCAAAGCAAAGCAUCAAAUGCAAGUCAAAAGAACAAUAAUGUUCAGUCAACAUCCUGCCAGUCUACAACAGCACAAAACAACACCUCUACAGUGCAAGCCACUCCAUCUAGCAGUACCCUUAAAGGAUCAACCCAAGCUCAUCAAACAACAGCGAAUGUUCUCACACAAGCGAUGCUAUUAAAAGCAGUGUCCUCCACAGCCGCAGGUCAAGCUGUUUCCACUGGACAGCCGGUAUCAGUUGCAACAUCUCAAGGAAAAGUAAUUUACUACGUGCUGCCCAAAGGAACAAACUUAAACACUGCUCAGUUACAAGCUGCAGCUAAGGCCCAACAGGGCUCAACUGGCUCAGGACAACCUCUAAAAAUGAUUCUUAUAAAUGCAAAGACUACAGUUGGGGGCACUAAACCUGUAGGGCCCCCUGUGGACGCUGCUGCAAGUGUACCUCUAACUCAGACCUUGUCCUGCGGAGGGAUAUCCAUUCAGCAAGUUGCCCAAGUCAUGCAGCAGAAGACACUUACAGCAAAGACUGUUGGGAAUAAUAAUGUUGCCAUGUCAACUUUACCAUUGAGUACAAUGUCUAGUGGAACGGUAAUAAUGUCUACAGGUCAAGAGAAUGGCAGCUUUACUAUAAAUACUGGCCCUGGGGCAUUAUUUAAGGGAUCAACAGCAGUUCCAGGUGUCAGGUCGGUACCUGUGAGUGCGCCGUCUAACCCUUCGACUGUCGGCCAAAUGCAAUCUGCUGGAACUACCAAGAUAACAUUUAUAAAUGAGUCCUCAGGUAUAAGACAAUUUGUUGACUCAUCUGGUGAUAUUAGUGCACCGAAUCAGCUGAAUAACACUGCCCAAGGUAGCUCAGAGGGGAAUUGGAUGCCCAGGGGUGCAAAGCAUAGUAGGAUCAUAUCUGUUGAUGAUGAAAGCGACAGCGACUCCACCCCCUUAGCAGAACUUGCCGACCAUUUGAAAGCAAAUGGAGGGGAUACUAAGAAAAAGAGAAAGAAAGGUGAAAAGCGGAAAAGGAAAACCAAGAUUGAAGGGGAACCACCAAAACCCUUGUCUGCUUAUCAAAUAUUCUUCAAGGAAACUCAAGCAGCUAUUCGCUUGCAAAACCCAUCUGCACAGUUUGGAGAAAUAGCCAAGAUUGUUGGUCAGAUGUGGGAAAAUUUACCAGAGGAACAGAAAAAGGUUUACCAUUGCAAGCAUGAAACAGCGAAGGCAGAGUAUCAAAAAGCUAUGGAUGAGCUGAUAUCUAAGCAGAAGGAACCCAAGGCCAAACUACCCAAGCUGGAAAGCCCUCUUCCUACAGGAAAACCAAAGUUCUCUAUCCCCAAGGUCUCGACCGCAGCAAAAGAAGGUGGUAAACCAGAGGGAGCUAGAAUAAAGAUCCCUAAGAAAACUAGCAACUCUGUCGUCAAGCCUGAGGGGGCAGCCAAGUCCAGCAGUCCCCAGGCAGCUGUCGGACCAUUUUCACUAGCACCAUCAACAACAGCAAGUAACAUGAUCAGCAAGACACUCCCAUCAAAACCCAAGAAAACCAAGCUGUCUAUUAAUCCAAUAAGUCAAAGGGUGUGUGCUAGAGAUGGCUGUUCCAUGCCGGCGAGAACCACCAAGGAGCGCGGUACACAGUACUGUAGCAAUGAGUGCAUCAUCAACCACUGCAGAAUGGUAUUCAACUCUUGGGUUGAAAACAGAAAGACAGAAUUGCAAGUUGCAUAGACAGCACCAUAGUUUAAUAAACAAGUUAUAAAAAGUUGUUAUAAAGAUAGAUAUAUUAUCUAUGUAUUGACUGUAUAAUCUAUAUAGUAUAAUAUAAAUUAUAUUUUGCACAUUUUUUGAAAAAAGACGAAAAAAUCCAUUUUUUGAUUGGGAAGAAACGUUAAUGGUCUUUUAAAAAAACAAGACGUAUCUCAACUUUACACUGUGGCUGUACAUCUAGUUUUUUUGGUUGCAUUUCAAUCAACGCGGGGGUCCUCAAGUGAUACAAAGCGUGACGUUUUGGUAUGGGGUUAAGCUCUCCCGAUAAGUUCGUUAAUGAAAGAUACCUAGAAUAUAUGUAUAUGGUGUGUCAUGUGCUCAUUCCAUACCUUAAAAAAUGAAAAUAAAAACGAGAGAAUAUUAUAUGUACAAUAUUUUUCAGUUGUCAAAUCCCUUAAGGAUUUUGAGCUAACCAACUGACGAAUCUUUUGGUAACGCAAAAGAUAAUCCAAUUGAAUCACAGUGAAAUGCAAUCCAUCAAGAAUGCCUACAUAUUAUUUCUAUAUUUCCACCCUUUACAAGUCGUCUUUUGUCAAAAUUUCUACCGCUCCUAAGGAGCCAGAAUAUGACCGUGUCGUGUCAAAAAGAAAGUAUAGAAUGGGUAGAAUUGUUGUACAUAUUCGUAAUGGGGACUUGUUAGCCAUCUGAGUGGAAGUGUGAGUUUGCGUUUUAUAUGAUCAAGCUCCACCUUUACUUUGGAGUCCAUUUUGUCUGUGCUUCGUUAAGUGUGCCCCCUCUUUGAACCUAGAAUGCAUUGUAUUGCUAUCUAGUAGUUAUGUUUUCAAUCCACUGUUGGUAUUUUUGACCUUAAAUUUUACGAAUCUCCAUAAAAGAAGUUUACCUUGAUGUAGGGCAAUGUUACUCAAUAUCGGUAUAUUGUUGAAGUAAAAACAGCAUGUUAGCUAUUAUUA